AUGUCCACCAACUCUGUUCCUUCCGACUACGUUCAAGGCUUUGCGCGGCUCGUGGGAUCGGUCAAGACGGCGGUCGACGAGUACAACGCGGCUUUCAGGAAGGAUAACCUCGUGUUCCUGGCGCCUAUUUUGAACGAUGAGUACAAGAUCGACAAACUCCAGCUUGUCAGAGACGAAGCGCGUUCUAAUGAAGGUGACGCUUCCAGCACGGCAGGAUGCCCUUCAUCACCUUCUGAGCCUUUCACUGGCGACGAUCGCACGGCGAAAUCGGUCACAUUUGCGCCUGAGGAGCACCUCAUCAGCGAACACGGAAGCGUCUGCUCGUCUCCUAGGGCUACAAGUCCCUCUCGACCUCUGACGGAGCCGAUUGUGAUCGACUCAUCCUCAGAUAUCGAUUCUUCGACAGUCGGUCCUUCUUCCGACACAGAAUUUGUGAAUGAGAGUUGGCCCCCCGAUUCGAUCACCGUGGACCGUUAUCAUUCCACCGAAGUCAGGUCGCGAACUUCGCGUUCGAAGAGCAGGAUCCCCGAAGACGAGCGCUCAGCACCCCGAGUUAGGGACUCAACAAAUGGAUUCGGUUUCAUUCGACCUUCUGCUGUGCCCAGCCGUGGAGAGUCCCCUAUCAACGUUUCCAGAAGUCGGGUCAUUUCUAUGUGUCGCUCAGAGGCUCCUCCCCCGAGUGAUCGCAGUCAAACAGUCAGACUCAGCCCGAAUCUUCCCAUGGAUGAUACUCAGACUAGCGCCAACCCCUUCAUCGAAGACGAAACAGGGCAACGCGUGAAGAGCUCUACCACCAAUGCUCAAGAAGAGGGCCAGCUUCUCGAAGAUGGCGACGUCAACUCGCAACAGACGUCCCACAUUGACCCCGAAGUAAACCAACACUUCCAGAGAUCACCGGCUGUCAGUCCCUCUUCUCGAGAUAAUGCCAUCUUCGCUCCCGCCUCCGGUGGAAAGUCGCCCGUCACCCCCGCUGAACGCGAUACCGCCAUCGACGCUCAAAAAUCUCCGGCAGUGAAGGCACGUGCUCGCACACCUCCACCGCAAAGACACCCUCGCCGCAACCCAAACGGCCAUAGAAAGUCUCAUCAGCCCUGGCAGAAUGUUGGAAGUGACAGCAUGCGUGGCGGCAGCCGGUGCGUCCAGUCACGGCCCUCCGCACGCUGGUCGCCGAUCCUACCUUGGUCACCAAACCGGAAGAGGGCGAUUGAGGCUUCCUGGCGUCAGACACUUGACUUCACGAUUCGUGGAAUGGAUAUCAGCAACGGGCUUUUCACUGAUCGCGGCGAUGACUCUGAUGAUUGA